CUGCAACCAUGAAGGCCUCUUUGCCCCAGGCAGCAGCCAUGCCGGCAUACCUUGGCAGGCCAUGCAUUUGCAUGCCUUCGGCUGUCCCCCACGCACUGUCCUCUUUGAAGAGGGCUUCUUUGUUGAGCUCAACAGCGACAUCACGUUUCUCUUUGUCUCACGGGCGCAGCAGGGCAUCGUCCCUCCGGAUCGUUAACGCGGCUGCUCUUAAGUUUGAUACAAAGAUCUUCACACCCGAGAAGGUGGACUUCGCGGGCAGGGAGGAGUACAUCUAUCGCGGCGGCCGAGACAAGUACAAGCUUCUGCCAGAAGCUUUCAAGGGCAUUAAAAAGAUCUCUUUCAUCGGCUGGGGUUCACAGGCACCAGCCCAGGCUCAGAAUUUGAAGGAGUCCUUGGAGGAGGUGAACUCGGACAUCAAGGUGGCCAUUGGCUUGAGGAAGGGGUCCGUGUCUGAGGCAGAGGCCCGUGAAUGUGGGUUCACAGAGGAGGCAGGCACCCUGGGCGAGGUCUUUGACAUGGUGUCCACCAGCGAGCUGGUGAUCCUGCUCAUCUCUGACGCAGCACAGGCAAAGCUCUACCCCAGGGUGCUGGCAGCCAUGAAGCCGGGUGCCACGCUGGGGCUGUCUCACGGCUUCCUGCUGGGAGUCAUGCAAAACGAUGGCGUGGACUUCAGGGAUGACAUCAACGUCAUCCUCAAUGCACCAAAGGGCAUGGGUCCGUCCGUGAGGCGGUUGUAUCAACAAGGAAAGUCCGUGAACGGCGCUGGCAUCAAUGCAUCCAUUGCAGUCCACCAGGACGCCACCGGAAACGCUGCAGACAUAGCCGCUGCCUGGGCGAUCGGCUGUGGAGCACCAUUCGCUUUCGGGACCACGCUGGAGAGCGAAUACAGGAGUGACAUCUACGGAGAGCGCUGUGUAUUGCUGGGGGCUGUCCAUGGCAUCGUGGAGAGCCUCUUCAGGAGAUAUGUGCGCCAGGGACAGAGUGAGGAGGACGCAUUCAAGAACUCAGUGGAGUCCAUCACUGGUCCCAUCACGCGCAUCAUCUCGCGCUCAGGCAUGCCCGCCGUUUACGAGGCCCUGGACGCCGCCGGCAAGAAGGAGUUUGAGAAGGCAUACAGCGCUUCGUACGGCCCGGCGCGGGACAUCUGCGAGGAGAUCUACGAUGACGUGGCGAGCGGCAAUGAGAUCAAGAGCGUGGUGCAGGCUGGGGAGCGCUUUGACCGCUUCCCCAUGGGCAAGAUCGACCAGACCUACAUGUGGAAGGAGGUUGGAGGCAAGGUGAGGGCAGCGCGUGUGGAGGAGGAGAUUCCGCUGCACCCCUUCACUGCUGGCGUGUACGUGGCCACCAUGAUGGCCACCGUCGAUGUGCUCAAGAGCCACGGCCACCCCUACUCCGAGAUCUGCAACGAAUCCAUCAUCGAGGCUGUGGACUCGCUGAACCCGUACAUGCACGCGCGCGGCGUUGCAUUCAUGGUGGACAACUGCUCGUACACCGCGCGCCUGGGCAGCCGCAAGUGGGCGCCGCGAUUCGACUACAUCCUGGAGCAGCAGGCCUACGUGGCCAUCGACAACCAGCAGCCCCUCGACCCCGAACUCUUCUCCGAGUUCCUGCGCCAUGACGUCCACAAGGCUCUGGCUGCAUGCGCUGCCAUGAGGCCGCCCGUGGACAUCUCUGUGGGUGGUGACAACUCGAGCGAGGGCGUGGGUGUUGGCGGUGCUCGCACAGAGUUCAGGAGCGCUGUUGCCGCUUGAAGCAACGCUGCAUUGCUGCUUGAAAACGCGCACCGGCCAGUAGCAAUAUGCAUGUGACGCGAGCUGUCAUCAAGGCGGCGUCUGUGCUCCCAGCAGCUCUGCCAGUUGGUGUGCCAGCACCGGUUGCUGGGCUCUGAUCUGCGCUGGCUGGUUGCGGCAAUUUCACUUAUGAUUAUCUGCAGAGCUCAUGUAGCCGGCGCUCUUAAGGUCUUUGCACAAAGACUUGCGACGAAGUGCUGCGUCUCUAGGAUGCAUGAUGUUGAUUGCAGCAUUGCCUGUAACGCAGGUUUUGAACAAUCAUAUUGACUCGCAUGCAAGUCUUCCCUGCGACAUUGUCCGGUCAGCUCCACGUUCGUUGUUUUCGGCCUGUUUUAGGAAGAGAUUUGGUCACCGUUAGGAACAAGAGAAAUGACAAAGUAAUAGGCAAUGUUCCAUGGCGUGUGAAGAAGUGUGAUGCAAGGUCAUAUCAACAGCUCUUGCAGUGCACUCGAGUGCUUGCUAAGUGCCAAGCUGACAGUGUAAAUCGGAAAGCCAAAACAGCUGC